UAGUUAGUUAUAAGGGCUCAAACCGUUUCAAGUUUCAAUUUAUGAAUCAAAUGUAGCUUCCCGUGGUGGAGGGGACCUUCUCUCUCAUCACGUGACUAGUCAAAAAUGUAACCUUAAUCUUAGUCAUUUGAUUUGGAUGCAAGACUCAACCCAUUAGACACGUGACAACCUUAAUAUUCUUAUGAAAAAACAAAAACAUAUUUUAAAAGAUGAUAAAAAUAUAAUUAAAAUAAUAAAGGAUGGGAUCAUUCGGUGUUCCUUGGCGAUAGUGACGUGACUCUCCUCUUAUUGACUGGGUACUUCUUAAAAAGGAAAAUAGAAAGCUUCUUCUUUUGCCACGUGUUCAUUUCUGCAGACGGGCAAAAUAAAAGGACGAAUUUACGUACACUAUAAAUCUCGAAAUACCAGCGAAGUGAUCAGCAACAGCGACUACCUCUGGUGUUUAGGGCUUCUGUUUCACUCCAAAUCCCAAAGAAAUUUCGAGGUUCGUUUAGGGAGUCCAUGGCUUCAAAGGUAUCUUCAUUGCAAAAGGUGGUUCAGGCAUCGAACUUUCUAGUCAAGAAUGGAAAUAUCUAUUACAAGCAGUUGGUAGAGCAGAACAAGCACCAUAUCCAGGAGCCACCCACCAUUGAGAAAUGUCAAACAUUAGCAAAACAACUGUUCUAUACUCGUCUUGCCAGCAUUCCGGGUCGUUAUGAAGCAUUCUGGAAGGAAGCUGACUCUCUCAAGAAUGCACUAAUAAACAGGCAGGAACUGAAUGUGGAGAAUGCUGGUCUUGCUGCUCUGUUUGGACUUGAGUGCUAUGCCUGGUUCUGCGGUGGUGAGAUUAUAGGGAGGGGUUUCACAUUUACAGGCUACUAUGUUUGAGUGGCACUUCUUUAGGAAAAUAUCUAUUUGUUUUAGCUUUUGGAGAUUAGAACAUCCAAGUGGCCUGAGUCACCAUUCUGACUUUACAUGAAAAAAUUUUGUUUUCUGAGAUUUUGAGUUUAAGCUGGCAAGUCAGCCAGACAUGGCCUCCGAAAUAAUUCAAUAUGAUUUCGUUCUGCUUCGAAAUUAAAAUGGACUCUUAGUGAUCAUCCCGCACCAAUGGAAUCGGAUGCAGCUUCUGAUAUCUGGUUGUAGAAUUUUUCCGAGAAUUUAUUCAGUUUACAAUCCAGUUGUUUAUAGUUUUCCCAAUGCAUUAUCAUCUGUCAUUGACUAAGUUUGGGA